CUUCUCUCUCGCUCUCACGGGUCUCGGUCUUCGCUCCCUCUCACCCGCUUCCUCCUCUCUUGCUCACUCUCUUAGGCCCCUCUCCGUUUCUCUGCCUUCCUUCUGGGCCUCCUGUCCCUAUUUUGUUUUCCCUCGUAAACCCCCGUCUCUUUCCCUCCCCCCUCCCAGUGUCCCUCGGUAUCUCCCGGAAUCUCUUCAGUCUAUCGGUCAAUCUCUCUCCAGCUCGCGGUGUGGCCUUGCCCCCUCUCCACCUCUUCUUCUCAGCCUCUCGGCACUUCGUCCACGCGCCCUCGACUCUCCUACUGCCAGCGUUCAGCCUCGAGCCCUCAUCUCCGUCAAUCUUGGCCCCUCUCCUCCAUCACCUGCUCCUGGUCAUCGUCCACCCGCUGUUUUACCCGUCCGCCAAUCAAUGGUCCCCUACCAAUAGCCACGACAAUCCCUCCUCCGAACCGUCGACCACCGCCUCUCGUCCAUGGAACCCUCCAGCAAAAAGCGGAAGCUGGCUCCCAAGGUCAAUGCUACAACUCCCAAGCCUCAGCCUGCCCCGUACCCCCACGAAUCGCCUCAGCAGCACUACCCCGUGCAAGAAGCUCCCAUUACCGAACGUCAUGACUUUGAGUCCUUUGCCCGCCACCUCCAAGAUGCUGCCAUGCUCAUCCAGCGCCAGACGGAGCGCCCACCAUACACUGAUGUCUCCGUUCUGCUGUUGAGGUGGGAAGAAGACGAAUCGGUUGACGAGGAUCUCGUUGCAUUAGAGCAGGUCUUUCAGAAACAGUACAACUUCCGCACCGAACGAUGGCAUAUUCCCACGGUCCCUAAUCCCAGCAUCAAACUGGGCGUUCAGAUGGCCUCAUUUCUUGAACAUGCCAGAGCCAAUCACCUCCUCAUUAUUUAUUAUGCUGGUCACGGAUACGCAGGUGCCGAUGGCCAGCUCUUUUGGGCGUGCAAUGCUCGGGAAGACGCUGCAAAGCUAAAGUGGGACGGCGUUCGCUGCCUGUUCGAGGAUGCUCAAUCAGACAUCCUCUUACUGCUUGAUACAUGCUCAGUACCAGAUCCCCCUACAGCUGGCAGCCAUGGAGUAAAACAGGCCAUUGCUGCCUGUUCCCCGGAUCGCAACCAACCAGAUAGCUCAGAACGUUCCUUCACAUCUAACAUGGUGGAAGCAUUGCAUAAACUUGGCUCUGGGAGACCUUUCAGCGCCCAGAGACUGCAUGAGGAGGUCUUUGCUCAGAAGCAGCAGCACACGCAGGUUUCCCGUACAACUAAUGGAGCCACUGGAAACCCGCCGCCUGCUGCCCAAACCCCCAUCUUCUUCACUCUCACACCCGGAAAGGGGCAGAGUCUUAGUCUCGCACCGUUGCCGGCCCGGACACAGACGGGUUUGCAAAAUGGCACGGAUGCGGAUGGCCAGGGUGCGAGGGAUCGUGAAGACCAGCUCAUCGAUCCCGAAUCCGUUGUUGAUCUCAGGUUUGAUGAACCUCGGAUCCUCGUCUGUACCACAUUUGUUGGUGAUGCAAGCCCUGACAUGUCAUUCUUCUCUCAAUGGCUGCACAACACGCCUCCUCUCGGGGCUAAGAUUGCUGUCGAGGGUAUGUUUUUGGGUCCCCCCACAAUGCUCCUCAUUUCUAUGCCGCACUCCAUUUGGAACGUGGUUCAGCAUGAUAAAGUCUGCUGCUUCCUGGGAUAUAUCAGCUCGCAUAACAUGAUCCACCUGUAUCAAAGGUUGGUUGGCUCUUCUGGAAUCAAGCCAUCGGCCAAGGAAGUGGAGGACGGCCGCAUCCUCCUGGAGGCCAGGGAACAUGCCGUAGGAACUCCUGCACGCAUACGCCGUGAAGGGGAUGGCCAUGAACACACAUUCCACUCCUCUGCCUCGAGAGAUGGACCCACUCCCGUUGAUCGACCCGAUUAUGUCCCCCAGACCAGUCCUACAACCAGUUCCUUCGUACCCAUCAAUGCUGCGAGCAUCCACGUCAAACCAAAGGAUGAGGGGGAAGAUUCGGCAGAGAUGCAGGAAGCAGCAGAGCAGCUGAAGGCCCUCAGCCAUGUUCGCCACCGAAGCGAUGAGACCCCUAAGGGAGUGGACAGACCCCGAACGAUCUUACCCGAUGGCUUGCCUGAGGUUAGGACUGAAGAAACGAACUCGCAUGAUGCAACUGAAUCUGGUGCAGAUGACUCCCUGGCAUCGACGGAUUUCAAAAUGACACCGAAUUCGAGAUCGAAGGCCCCGAGACGGUCACUCCCGAAACAGGACACACGAUGCAAUCAUUGCAGUCAUACCCCUUUCAAGGAUUCGUCUUCCCUGCGGAAGCACAUCGCUGCUGCCCACACUCGGCCGUUCCCUUGUGCAUUCUCGUUCGCUGGCUGCACAAGUACGUUUGGGUCCAAGAACGAAUGGAAGCGGCACAUUGCCUCGCAACAUCUCUGCCUGCAGUACUACCGUUGCUCUGCUUGUACACAAAGCACCACGGAAGGCAGGGGCAACGAAUUCAACAGAAAGGACUUGUUUACGCAGCACCUGCGGCGGAUGCAUGCUCCUUUCCAGAUCAAGAGGGCGAUUGCAAAAGGAGACAGCAAACUUCAAACUGAGUGGGAGACCCACGUCAAAGAAAUGCAGGUGUCUUGCCUCGUUCAACGACGCCACCCCCCUCAGCGGUCAGCAUGCCCCAAGGCUGACUGCCAGACGGUCUUUGAGGGCCCUACGUCAUGGGAUGAGUGGACUGAGCACGUUGGGCGCCAUAUGGAAAAGGGAGAAGGUCAGAGGUUAGGUGUUGACCGGCUUCUCGCAAAAUGGGCGUUGGAUGAGAACAUCAUCGAACCCAAAGCAGAUGGCGAGUAUCGGCUGUGCACAGGAAAUGGAGGAGGAACCGGGAACGGAGUUGGACCAACAGUGUUGGAUCAUAAAGACCCUACCACUGUGUCAUUGGUGGAGAACUCAGAAUCCGAGGAGAAGUCGACAAUUGAAGCUAAACCUACAGAGGACAGAAUGGAGGUUGAUGCGACCUAAGCCGGCUGACACAAAAGGAGGAAUUGACUGGACCCAGGUUUUUUUUUUCCUAUUCGCCCUCAGGAAACGACGAUUGGCGAACUCGCGACAACGAUGAAACGACGUACAUGACAUGAUAUAUUUCUUAGUUUGGAGGAUGGAUCGCUCGCUACAUGGCGAUGAUGUCCACGCGUGGAUGCUGACACGUUAUGACCAGGCGUUUUGUGUUUAACAUGCUCUGAGAGUGCACAUGUCAUGAAGCAAUGACGAAUGUGUCGACGUAUAUUUGUAUGAGAGAGUGAGAGAAAAGAGCAGAGCAAAAAAGUAACGGGGAAAAAGGAGAAGAAAUCUGGAUUGUGUGAUGUGCCGACGAUAGCUAAAGAACGAAUUGAAGCGUAGUGCCGGAUGAAAUGACUUUUUAUAUGCCC